UGUCAUUGUGAGCGACUUCGGAGUCACAAAGGACACUGAUACUUUAGGUGAUUGCGCUCAAAGUGAAUCAAAAGUUUUAGACUACGAGGCUGCGUUCCCCAUAUCUGUGCCCCCUUCUAUGGCUGCUGAUGACUACAACCCUGUCUCCCUCCGACACAAAUCCAAGAAGAAGAGUCGAGGAGGCAAUGGCACGAUGAGUAGAAGACGAGUCUCGGUCAAAGAGCUGGGUCAGCCAGACCACCAGGGCUGGCUGUACAGGAAGAAAGAGAGUAAAGGCUUCUUGGGGAUCAAAUGGAAGAAGUACUGGUUCGCGCUGAAGAAGACUUCACUCUACUGGUACGCAAACCAGCUGGCGGAAAAAGCAGAGGGCUACAUUGACCUCACCAACUUCAUGAUCGACAGAGCCAUAGAGUGCAAGAAGAAACAUGCAUUCAAAGCCUGCCACCCACAAGUCAUGAUGUUUUAUUUUGCUGCUGAGAGCCAUGAGGAGAUGAACUUAUGGUUGAAUAAGCUUGGGCUGGCCUCCAUUCAGUAUGAGCCGGCAGAACGAAACACUGCAGCCGAGUGUUAUAGUGAAGCCAGCGACCAUGAAGAAGCUGAAAGCACAGAGAUCCCACCUCCGCCCUACUCUGAACAGACCCUGCAGGGCUCCGUGGUUGCAUCUGGUCCACCUGGUAGCACCCAUCAGGGCACCCUUCCUCCACCAUACUCCUCCACAGUCCCCAGUGAAGCUAAUGGCUCACUAUCUUCGCCUGUCAGUACAAUGACGUCGCAGAGCUCGGCCUCCUCGCUCACCAAGCACCGGCAGUCUUGGUUGGAUCUGGUCUCCCAGGCAUCUCCUCCCACCGGGGAAACAGCAGUGGUGUGCUCAGUCCAGGUACACACACAUCAACCUCCGCCAGAGGAGGUGGAAGAGGAGGUGUUGGCAAUCUCAGCUCCCCAGGACUCUCAAGAAAUGGGGUCUAAUGAAGAAAGCCCAGCUGCGGAGGGGGAGGCACAGAGGAAUGUUUCAGGUGCUGAAGAUGAAGGGUAUCACGGGAACAGCUCAGAUGAGAUGGAGAAGCUGUAUAUCCAUCUGAAAGAGGCCAGCCUCUCACCAAUAGGAGACCGUAAACCAUCCACAAAAAGGGAAUUCAGGGCCUCCUUUGUAAAACGCUGUAAAAACCAGACUGUCAAUGAUAAGCUGCACCAUAUCAGGACACUCAACAGCACAUUGAAGUCAAAAGAGGCUGACCUGCAGGCAAUAGAGCAGGUGCUGUCGGACCCGGGGCUUACCUCACUCAAGUUCAGAGAAUGGAAGGAGGCCAAUGUGCCCUUGGUGCACGAGAUCUGUGUCAAAAGUGGCCAGCAGGUGGCAUCAGAGGCCACAAAACCUGCAGCAUCAGAGGCUACAAAACCUGCAGCAUCAGUCAUUGCUGCUCCAGUGGUCGAGACCAGUUUAUAAAGACUCCUUGUGAAUGAUUUUACUGUGUUCACAUUCAAACUUCACAUUCAAACUUUAAAUACACACAAACACUGCUGUCAACUUUUAUUGCAACUACUGUGCCAUAUUAGUGGACAUAAAGUGCUAUUCAACAAGUAAAUGGAUCUAUGAAGAAGAGUUUUUUUUAAUUCCUAAAUGGAAUCAGUGCAGACAUAUGAUUGACAGGUCACAUUAAAAUGUGAAAUGUGUCUUAGUAUUACUUUUACGGUUUGAUUUGUAAGAUUAGCACAUUUUGCAAAUGACUGUUUUAUGUUGUAAUUCUGUGAGCUUGUGUAUAAUUUGUUUUAAUAUUCAGAAUGGUGGAGUAUGUGUGUAACUUUUUUUGCAUGGAAACACUUCUUUUUACAGUAUGUUUUAUGUUUUUAUUUGAUCAUUAGAGAACAAGUUUUUACCUGUUUUGAAUGUCUUAUUGGUGCCAUGCACCAUCACCUUCUGUUACACAUGUUUUACAGCAUCUGUUGUGAGUCAUUGGUGUGUAUUGUUCAGGCAAGGAAUGACAUGGUCAUAUUUAUCAUGCAGACUUUUCCUGAAUGAAAACUGCAGCUUACAUUAACAGAGUAAAUGUGCAUCAUAAAUCAUGUCAGACUUUCUUCUUAAAAGUAAAAGAAGGUUUUUGAUGGGUUGAAGUAACAUUACAAAUCAUUUUUACUGCAGUGUAAGACAUUUUGAUAUGGCCAUUUUGAAAACUGUUCUACUAUAUCAAGUUAUCACCUCAUUUUGAGUAUGAAAGGCUGUUUUCUUCUCAAAAACAAUUUUCAAAUGAAUUCCAACCCAAAUGCAAAAUGAUGUGCAGUUUUUUUUAGUAUAAACAUCGACAGUAACAAACAACGUACCAUAGUCAGCAAUAGAAAUAAAUACUUAAUCACUAACUAAUAUAGACUUAAAUGGUUUACACAGUACAUUGGAACUAAGGCAGGAUGUAGAAGCACAGGAUGUAUAAUGGACAAUUCUCAGGAAAAGAAACUUGGAUAUUGUUCCUUAAGUCCCCCUGAAUUUUACCAAGAAGCCCCGCAGACCCAAACACUGUAGUUACACAUCAACAGAUGAUCAAGGGCAUCCACCUACAGAAAUCGGGCAUUAUGUGACAGAGAGCUACAAGUUUAAGAAGCUCAGGCCAAGCAGAGGCCACUGACUGGCAGGGCCCAAACAAGCUACAGGCACAAAGAUGUGUUUUUCUUUUGUUUUUUGUUUUUUUUCUAAACAACGUUGUGCUUGUUAAAACAU